AUGGUGGCCACAGGAGCUCGUGUCCAAUGCUCUGCGCAAGCUUCCAAAACCUUUUCCAGCAUUCUACAGUCGCCUCUACCUUCUUCAGACUCUGCAGCCAUUUGGCAUGGAGUGGAAUUAGAGGCUAGAUCCGUCAAAAAAAUGGCACUGUCACUACCACACUCUGAGAUACGUCAAUGUCAUCCAGCCGAUGUAUUUGCCAAGCCUAGCCCACUUGUAGCAUUAUCGAGACAUGGAGGACUCGUUUGUGAUCCCUUAGUCUCUGAGACACCACUCAUUAGUAUUGGGCCAAACACAGAUGUCGCUCUUGACCGGUUGAAGUUGGGUGAUGAAAACCUGCCGAGGCUCCAUUCUUUGGUUGGGAGUGUUGGCAGUAGUCGAUGGGAGGCUGUACUGAGCUCUCCAGCAUGGGACCUUACAUAUGAAAAAGCAUCCAUUUUGGCUAAUGCCCUCCUUGCAGACUUACAGGGUAUGAAGGCCAUCAACCCUGAGGUCACUAAUUUGGAGCACCGAUCAUCAGUGCUCACUACCAUUCUAAAACUUCUUGGCAUUUUGCUAUUUUUGUGUGUGCUUUACCUUUUUGGUUUGUUAUUACUGUAG